CUUUGUACCUAACAAAAAUAGAAACAUUCUCAGGCUGAAACUAUUAAUAUACUUAUUUUGGUAGGGAGAAUUGGGCCCAGUACAGGCAGGUGUCAGAAUUAGACCUCACAAACAACCAUUCACAUUCCCACUGAUAGUUAACUUAGCCUUCACUCAUGACCUAAUCCUGUAUGUUUCUGGAGACUAGAGAACCUGAGUUAUAGGGACAAAAGACACUCAGGUUCUACUGGGCUUCAAACUGAUGACGUUUUUGCUGUAAGGCAAACGGAUAAACCACCUGAUGUAAACUAUAAAUACUCAACUUUAGGAUUAAAUCGCAUCAUCAGACACUGGAACACCGGGAAAAAAACAAACCAUUUCACCUUCUGAGGUAUUUUAAUGUAUUAUAUUUUCUGACCACCGAUCCAUGUAGAGUUAUGGAAAGGUCAGCCUUCCCACUUCCACCCCCACAGGUGCUGCUGUGUAUUUUUUCGGAUACCAGACACAAAUUAUAAUAACACUACACAGCGCAGCUACAGUACUCAGUGGUCAAUGAAUAAUUCAUUUUCAGGAAAGGGAUCUGUUUGCCCCUGUGCCCCUCUGGUGCGCCUGUGCACCUGGUGCCAUUUGGCUACACGGCAGCAGACGCGUCUCCAAUUAUCCGGCAUCACAUCCCUUGCUUUCGGUGCGCCCUUUUGCCUCCACGUCUACAUUGAUUGGAGUAAAGCCGGAUCGAUGCGGGCGACACGAGAAACUCGGGAGUGAAUAACUUACUCACAGUGAUUGAUUUGAGUGCGCGCGCGCAGAAAAAAACAAACAAAACAUCAGAAAAGAGGAGAAACAAAUGUGAGGGAGGGCGCGGUGAAACUUUGCUUGUUUUUAGUUGUUUUUAUUUUUUGAAAAGGUGCAUUUCAAUUAGACUGUUAAUGUGAUAACAGCCAGUAAAGAGGAUUCAUUGGAACAGGUACGUUUCCUGUCCCUCUCAGUGCCUCUGUAGCUGCGUGCUGAGUGGACUGUUGUGUAAACGGCCGCAGCUGCUGAAACGCGCACCACGCACGACCCACUCCCACUUGGCCAAGGCUGGCUCCAGCUGCGCCUGACGUGUGUUUGAUGGAGAAGGACGGUGCUGCAGGUUUGAGCGGUGGAGGCUGGGUUCAGCACUCUGGACAGCGCCUGGCUGAAGUUGGAGAGGAUUUCUUUGGAAGAGGUUUUUCCUGUUAUGAAAGUAGGGAUGAGAGAUGCGCCACGGGUGACCAUGGUCGGACUGAGGCGUUCUUUGUCCACUGGUAACCCUGGUGCGCACUCUCUGGAGUGAGACAUGGACUUUGCUGAAAUCAUCUGCGCUUUCUUCAUCGUCGUGGUCGCCGUCGUCUCGCUCUUGUCCAACUUGUUGGUGCUGCUAUGUUUCGUCCACAGCACCGAGAUCCGCCGGCAGGUGCCCGGUGUGUUCACCAUGAACUUGUCCUGCUGCAACAUCCUCAUCACUGUCCUCAACAUGCCCGCAACUCUGGUCGGGAUCGUCCGGAACCAGCAGCCGUUCGGGGACUGCAUCUGCCACACGGUGAGCUUUCUGGAGACUUUCCUGACCGCCAACACGAUGCUGAGCAUGGCAGCGCUCAGCAUCGACCGCUGGAUAGCCGUGGUCUUUCCGCUCAGUUACUCCACUAAGAUGCGCUACAAGGACGCGCUGAUCAUGGUCUGCUACUCCUGGCUCCACUCCUUCACCUUCUCCCUGGCCGCGCUACUCUUUUCCUGGAUGGACUACAGCCACGUCUACGCCUCCUGCACCUUGCAGCCGAGCCAGGAGGGCAGCGACAGGAUCAAGUUCUCGGUCUUCACCGUAGUUUUCCACGCCACCAGUUUUGUGCUUUCUCUGCUCAUCCUGUGUUUCACCUACCUGAAGGUGCUGAAAGUGGCCAGGUUUCACUGCAAGAGGAUUGACAUCAUCACCAUGCAGACUCUUUUCCUUUUGGUCGAUAUUCACCCCAGUGUUAAACAGAGAUGCUUAGCCGAGCAAAAAAGGAGGAAACAACGAGCUACAAAGAAGAUCAGCAUCUUCAUUGGCUCAUUCAUCAUCUGCUUCGCCCCUUAUGUAAUUACAAGGUUGGCUGAGCUUCUGCCUUUCGUGGACAUCAACCGCCACUGGGGAAUCAUCAGUAAGUGCCUGACUUACAGCAAGGCUGCGUCUGACCCCUUCGCCUACUCCCUCCUACGUCAGCAGUACAAGAAAGUCCUGGUUACAGUUGUCAACAGGCUGCUCCGCCGUGACCUGUACCCUUCGUCUGGCCAUAACAGCUCCUUAGACACGGAGAACGACUACUGUCUCCAGAGGAUUAGCUAAUGGCAGAACCUGGGGACAUGACAGAUGCACGCUCCAGUGUCCGGAAAGAGAAAAAAGAAAUCGCCUCUGAGAAGGAGAAGAUGGGCGGAGGCAGAGAUUUAGGAGAGAGACAGAUUGGACAGGAUAUUACAAGGAAGGCAGAGGAGACUUAGAUGGAGAGGACAGAUUGUGGGUUGAGGGGCAGAGCAAAAAAUAACAAAGAUAGUGGGCGGACAAGAAUGAAGAGACAGUCAUGAGGGGGAGGCGAAAAACGCAAGGAAACGGAGGAGAAAAUGAGAAGGUUGAAGGGAGGAUAGAUAGGCAGCGACAGGGAUGAAGUGCAGACGUCGUCCUCAGAGACUGUUGGUAAACAUAGGGUCUCUCAAUCAACCGCAAAGCAGGGGCACACACACACACACACACACACACACACACACAAGGGGACAAAUACACUUUGUCAUUUCAGAUUUUACAGAAGGACCAAGUGGUUGGUGGAUCUUAGGGACCUGUACAAGGUGGCCUUUUGUUUCUGACCCACUGCUUCAUAGGACAUGAAAGGAGGAAGGUUCCUGUCUGUGGAAAACUAACUGACUUUGGAGUAGAUGGACCAAAACCUGCUCCACAUUUUAGCCAUGUCUUGUAGUGGGCGCUUUAAAUACUUCACAGUGUCACGUCAAUCACUGGAUAUUGAUGCACUUUGUCCAAAUCUCUCAGAGCUACUGUCAUUAGAGGAGCCAAAGGCAAAUGACAUGAACACCCGUCUAAAGGACAGCACUGGUGAUUCGUUUUUCCACCGUCAACAACAGAGUUGUGCUUAAAACGUUCACAGUCUAUUCCAAUGGGCCGGGUCACAUCUUAGGCUUCACACAGUAAGAGUAAAAGUACACUACAUGUUUGUACUCAUAUCUAAUAGGACACAGGGACUUAUACUAACUGACUAAACACGGUAGAACUGAAAAGGAUGUGAAGACGGUUAGAGUGAUAAAGGACAGAGGAGGUAGGACUUUUUGUCAGGGUAAUUAAGGAGAACAAUAAGUGAGAAAAUAGAAAAUAGUUUGAACCUAUUUUUAAAUUCAUAUAUAGUCUUUAAUAAAGGUAAGACGUCUGCUUUUUAAUACACGAUUCUAGCUACCUUUACUUAUUGUUUUGGGCAUUUUUCUCCAAGAUUAAGUAAAUUUACUUGUUUAUCUUCACUCUGCAAACCUGUGCUUUACUGAUGUUGAAGCUAACUAAAGGCUAACUUCUUAGGUUAAUGUUGAGUAAUAUUCUUGCUCAUUCAAGGCUAAAGCUCACCAAUCUUUAAUUAUCUUUCUCCAAUUAUUUUAGCCAUUUUAAAAGAAGUUUGCUUUUUCAACGUUAGGUUGUACCUUUGCUGACUUUUUUGCAAACAUAUAUAUAUUGUUUGGUCUUUAUUCUUAGGUUAUGUUUAAGCUAACAUUUGAACUAACAAUAUUUUUUUCUUUUGUAUUUUCCUUCAUUUAUACAUUUUAUCAAACUUAAGUUAUUUCUUCUACAUUUUGCCAAGUUUUUUUUAUGGAGCUGAAUUUGACAUUUUGACAUUUGACUUUAAGCAAUAUUUUUUAACUCCUUCCA